UGAGAUGUUAUAUAAUAGACCGCGCUUUGAUAUGAGUGCCGUGAAGGCAUAGGCAUCUUUAGGUCAUAUAUAUAGAAGUCUAAGAGUUUGGAACUUUUUCGCCAACAUAGAAUAGUAGGGAAAUGGCAUCUCGUGAAGCUAUCCUGAUUCAAGAGCCAGACUCGGAACUAACCGACUUUGGUCACACAGGAGAAGACUUGCGGAGGACAUCUGUACAUGCCUACCCGGAACCAGAUCGCGGCAAGCACGCAUGGCUUUUUCUAUGGGUUGGAUGUUUUUUGAUGGUAGCAAUAACAUGGGGGUUUCCAUUCUCAUACGGUGUCUUUCAAAGUUACUAUUCUACUCAUCCACCGUUUUCCGAUCAGCCUGAAGGGUUACCAGCUGUUGGUACUACAACAUUGGGCAUCUUAUAUCUAACUUCACCUCCAUCUUUUAUCAUCCUCCAGAGAUAUCAAUCAUAUAGACGGUCGGCUCUAAUCGCUGGCUCGGUUAUUACGUGCUUGGCCAUUCUCACAUCCGCAUUCGCCACCAAGAUAUGGCAUCUCAUCCUCACGCAAGGAAUUCUAUACGGUCUUGGAGCCAGUGUCGUGAACACGGUAACCCUACAAUUUCUGAAUGAAUGGUUCAUUGAGCGUAAGGGUCUUGCUUUUGGAAUCCAGGAAAGCGGCGCGGGUAUGGGCGGAAUAGUCAUUCCAGUACUAAUGACCUGGGGCCUCGAAAAAUACGGCCAUCGAACCAUGCUCAUAGCCUGGUUCGUAGCCGUAGCCAUCCUAUCACUUCCCUCAAUCUACUUCCUGCGCCCCCGUCUACGCCCGCGCGAUACCAGCGCCUUCGAGCUCGGCGGUUUAAACUGCAUCGCCACGCCAAUCUUCGCUCUCCUGCAAGCUGGCAACAUAUUCCAAGCCUUCGGAAACUUCCUUCCGGGCAUUCACCUCCCCUCUUUUGCGCAGCGCUUCGGCGCCUCUUCACUAGAUGCCGCGGGUAUGUUAUCACUGUAUAACGCCGCUACCGUCAUAGGCGCUAUAUGUACCGGGUACCUCGUCGAUCGGUGCCAUGUCUCAGUCGCACUACUUCUCUUAUCUCUAGGUGCUGCAUCUGCUGUUUUCUUCGCUUGGGGCUUUGCAGCCGAUUUUGCUACGUUAUGCGGUUUUGCGUUCCUUUACGGUAUAUUUGCGGGCGGUUGGAGCUCUACUUGGGUCGGUAUUAGUCUGGAAAUCCAGAAACGAAGUCCUCGCGCUGAUUUGGGUGUGCUUUGGGGGUUCGCGGCGGCGGCUAGGGGCGUGGGAAGUAUUGCUAGUGGUCCGAUUAGUGAGAAGUUGAUUGCUGGCGGUGCUGCUAGGACGGUUUGGUGGCCGAGGAGUUAUGGAACGAGUUAUGGUAUUUUGAUUUUAUUUGAUGGGGCUAUGUUGACCCUAGGUGGCAUUGGUUGUGCGGCUCGGGCGUACGAAAUCUGGAAGAAGAUUGGCCAUCGCCAUAAUGACUAA